GUGCCUGGAGGCAAUACAAACUGUGACAUACUCAGAUAAUACAGCUAAUGCGAAAAUGGAAGCGCGAGCGCAAGCCAUUUUAAUUGCCGCAGUGGCAGACAGCCACUUAGAAUACAUACGACAAGAGACAGCAUACGCUAUGUUUAAAAAUUUAGAAGACAAUUUCAAAGACAAAGGAGUAAGAAGCAAAUUAUUUUUAAGAAGGCAGUUAAGCGACAUGAAAUAUAUAGAUACGAAAUCGUUAAAAGAACAUCUUACAAAAAUACAAGAAAUAUGUACUCAACUAGAAGAAGCCGGAUCAGAAUUAAAAGAAGAAGAAAAAAUUAACUAUGUACUUUUAUCAAUGCCCAAAUCUUAUGAAUCAAUAGUUACAGCUUUAGAAACCAUCGGCGAUUUGAAAUUGAAUACAGUGAAGGAUAGAUUAUUAGCGGAGGAGGAGAAACAGAAAAAAUUUAAUGAAUAUCAGACAAGUCAAGGACAGUUAAAUGCUUUUAAUUGCUUCACUUGUGGUAAGCCGGGCCAUAAAAAGUUUCAGUGUAGACAAAGUCAUGGAUAUGGAUUAAAUCAAGGACAUGGACGUGGCGGAUGGAAUCAAGGAUAUGGAUUUAAUCAAGGGCAUGGACGAGGUGGAUGGAAUCAAGGAUAUGGAGUUAAUCAAGGACAUGGACGAGGCGGAUGGAACCAGGGAAGAGGCUUUAAUCAAGGACGUGGACAGAGUGGAUCAUACAGAGGAACCGGAUUUAACCAAGGACGUGGUCGUGGUAGCCAAGGAAGAAAUAGAGGAUCGAGCCAAGGACGGAGUACCAACUAUGUCGAGGAUAAUGAUGAAACGACAGCAUUCUUCUGCGGAAAUAUGUAAGGAAAAAUUUAUUAUCAGUGUCUAAAAUGGAAAGUGUCGGGUUGAGGAUUGAAUUUGCUAAUGGAAAGGUACGAGUAUAUAAACAUAAUUAUUUAAUCAUGAUUGGAAAUAAAGAGGGAACACUAUAUACAGUUGAAUGCAAAAUUAAUGUAAAUUCGUGUCAGUUA